UACAACUACUUCUCCCCUUCCGACUUCUUGAACAUGGCGACGACAAAGAAAGAGAGCAAGAACCAAAUUGAGCUUUUCAGCGGCACGUACUUCGCAGCGUGUACACUGGGCGGCAUCAUCGCUUGCGGCCCUACACACGCUUCAGUCACACCUCUCGAUCUCGUAAAGUGUCGAAGACAAGUCGAUAGCAAGCUUUACAAAGGAAACUUCCAAGCAUGGGGCACCAUCAUGAGACAGGAGGGUCUGAGAGGCGUCUUCACAGGCUGGUCCCCAACUUUCAUCGGCUACUGCUUCCAAGGCGCAGGGAAAUACGGAGCCUACGAAUUCUUCAAAUAUCAAUACGGCGAGAAACUCUUCCCUUCCUCCCCCAAAACUAUCGUCUACUUGGGCGCGUCAGCUUCUGCGGAAUUCAUCGCCGACUUGUUCCUUUGUCCCUUCGAAGCGAUCAAAGUUCGCAUGCAAACCACCAUUCCCCCUUACGCGAAAACCCUCCGGGAAGGCUGGACGAAAGUGGUGCGCGAGGAAGGUUUUGGAGGGUUGUAUAAAGGUCUCUAUCCGCUCUGGGGAAGACAAAUCCCGUACACCAUGGUCAAAUUCGCGACGUUUGAGAGCGCGGUUGCAAAGAUUUACACGACGUUGGGGAAACCGAAGGAGAGUUAUAGUACUUUACAGCAGACGGGAGUUUCGUUCCUAGGAGGUUAUAUUGCGGGGAUUGGGUGUGCGGUUGUGAGCCAUCCGGCUGAUGUUAUGGUGAGCAAACUUAAUGCUGAGCGUAAGGCGGGCGAGGGCGCUGUGGCUGCUACCGGGAGGAUAUAUAAGCAGAUUGGCUUCCCGGGACUUUGGAAUGGGUUGCCGGUGAGGAUUGCGAUGAUUGGGACGCUCACCGCUUUCCAGUGGCUUAUUUAUGAUUCGUUCAAGGUAUAUCUAGGACUGCCGACGACGGGUGGUCAUUAGAGAAGUGGAACUGGGUUGGCGUUCAAACUUCAAGGGAGGGAGGGUUGGAGCAUGGCGUCCAUGACGGAUUCCGUAUCCAAUGCGAAACACGGUAGCAUGAAAUUCCAUCGUUGGAUUAUUCUCG